UCUCUUUCCUGUGACAGGUUCAUAAUGUACGGUUUUGUGAAGGCCAUGGUGCACAUUGGCCAGUUAAAAGGAUGGGAAUUCCACUUCACUGACUGUUUAUUUUUUGGAUCGCUGAUGUCUGCCACAGAUCCAGUGACAGUCCUUGCUAUUUUCAGUGAGCUGCACGUGGAUACAGAUUUGUACACACUUCUUUUUGGAGAGAGCGUCCUAAACGAUGCUGUAGCCAUUGUGCUGACAUACUCUAUAUCCAUUUACAGUCCCAAGGAGAAUCCUAAUGCAUUUGAUGCUGCUGCUUUCUUUCAGUCAGUGGGAAAUUUUCUGGGGAUCUUUGCUGGAUCGUUUGCUAUGGGAUCCUCUUAUGCAGUUGUCACAGCUUUAUUGACAAAAUUUACAAAGCUGUGUGAGUUCCCCAUGUUGGAGACAGGUCUGUUUUUCCUCCUAUCUUGGAGUGCCUUCUUAUCAGCAGAAGCUGCUGGUCUCACAGGUAUUGUUGCAGUUCUUUUCUGUGGAGUCACCCAAGCCCAUUAUACCUACAACAAUCUCUCAUCAGAUUCCAAAAUGAGAACUAAACAGGUAGGAUAUGGAAAUAACACUGUGUCUUCAACAUGUACAAGGAAUAGACAGAAUCUGAAAUAUAGCUGGAUGGAAUUCUGUUAGUGCAACUGAAAAGGU